CUAAGAUGCAUCAAUGGCGAAAGUUUACGUUUUAUUUUGUUUUUUUGUUAUUUUAGGUUUAUUCUGUCAACAUCACAGAUAAAUGGAAUAUAGAUAUAUAAACUUAAGAAGAGUUUAAAUGUGUUUCAACCAGUUGGCCUACAAUGGUAUGUGACAAUAUGAAAGACACGGGAGUUGAAGUAUAGCUUCAUAGCAUUUAGAAUACACUUAUAAAUACAGCCUGGGAUCAAGAACUUACAGAAGAAUGCAGUCAUCCAGAAGCAACCGGUCAUUUGUGUCAUCAGAGGGAGGUUUGAGUUCAAGACCUCCCUCAGGCAUGUCCUCACGUAAAAAUAAAUACAGAGUAGUGGCCAAGACAUCAGAUGUAGAUGAGCUACUGUUUGGUCCAGCUACUGGCUCAAAACCUAUGACAUCAAAUGAAAAGCUUAAAAAGCAGAAACCUGCCUGGCAAAAACCACCUGCUAGCCCAGGAAGUACAGGUAGAUCUGUAUCAAGGUCUGGUGGACACACACCAGGUAGUGACUUCUUUUCAAGUGUGCCAAAACAACAUGUCCCUGAUACACCCAGUAGUGUGACAUCAUUAAAUUCACCAUGGAAACGAUCUCCAACCCCCACAAGUGAUAGAAGCCACACUAAACAAAGACUACGCUCUAAAUCAUACACUGGUCCGAAACAAGCAAUGGAAAAAUGUGAUAGUCCCAAAGAUUCAAAAAAUGAUUAUGAAUUUAAACGAUAUAAGGAUAAGAAUAGAAUGGUUGAACAUAAGGAUAGUUAUGUUGAUGAAAUGCUAUUUGGGAAAAAGGUACAGGAAAGUGAUUUUCCUGCUCCCUGGGAUAAGGGGAGGAAAUCUCAACAACUGUUAUGGGCACCAAGUGAUAGUUCCCAUGCUAUGUCCCCCCAGCCUGGAACAUCCAGGCCUCCCAGUGCAAUAGACCGCCCACCAAGUGCCUCUAAAUCCCGGGCCAACUCACGCCCCGGGUCAAGCCUGGUAAACCACAAAGACUCAUACGUAGAUGAAAUGUUAUUUGGUCCUAAAUUACAAGAACCUAGCUUUGCUGCUCCUUGGGAGAAAGAAGAUGAGAAUAAGAAACCAAUGAUCUUGUUUGACUAUUCCUGUCCUACUGGGAUUAGUAGGCCAGUUAAUCGGAAACCCCCAACAAGUGUGAAACCUGCUUGGAAGUAAAAAAAUUGAUUAAUUUCUUACCCUGUACAAACAGUCUAUGUAAAAUGUAUAUAGGAUAUCCUCUUGGAAUUCAGCAUUAUGUAUAAUGAAUAUUUCUAUCUAUGAAUUAACAUGGCUUAUGUGGGCCUUUAUUUGUUGAUGCAAUUUAGUUCAGGGUGGAAAUUUCAGAAAGAUCUCUUUUAAUUGUUAACGAGCAAUGUAGCAGUAGUACGAACCCCAUCUUCUUUAUUGUAAAUAAAUGUGCCUUGGUCAGUUGGCUGGGCACCCUUUACUUUGUCCUUUUAGUCAUCAGAAAUUGUGUAGGCAGCCAUUUAAAGUUCAGUUAUUUUUGUAUGGACUUCUCAAUUUAAUUCUUUGUUUCAUAUAUAUAUA